AUGAAGAAGGGAAGCGGCGGAAGGAUCACGAGUCUCACGCUUGAAAAGAAAGGGGGAUGGGAAGGAGGGAGGGAGAGGGAGGGGGUGGCUCGGAGAUGCGUCGGGAAACGCUGCGGCUCCGACAGCGGCGGGAUCCGGCAGCCUGACGGCACGGGCCCGGCGAACUGGAAGGCGGCGGAGUCGCGAGUCAGUCAGAGGCGGGCGGUGGCGGCGACUCCUCUCCUCAUUGCGCCAGGAGCAGCUGCAGGCGGCGGCUGGAUCCAGCGGCCAUGGCGGCGGCGGUGGCGGAGGCAGCUCCCUUCAGACCCCAGGCAGCGGCUCCUCGACUGCUCCCCAUACGCCGGGGACAUGGGAACCCAGCAACUGCUUCCGUCCCUCGGGGCCCCCUCCCCCGUCCAAGGCACCAGCGCGGCCGCCCUCCCGCCCCUCGCUUCUGCACGGUCCCGCUCAGGAAGUGUCCGCGCUUUGCCCCCAGCCCGGGCCCUGUCAGUGGCUGCGGGGCCGGCUCCUCCUCGCUUCCUUCCUUCCUUUGUCACUCGGCCCGGGCGGCGGCGGCGGCAGCGGCAGCACAAGCCUGCAUUCGCCCGGGUCGGGGGCAGCUCUGUGUGAGGAGUGCCGUCUGCGCAGCCGCCUAGCUUUUCCCCACUCCCCCUCCCCCCUCCUACUCGUCCUCCGCCUCCUUCCUCCCCCACCCAGCCUUACACCGCCCAGCGCCCCCGCGUCCGCGUAACAGGCGUCUGGGAAUCGCCGGCCGAGCCGAGUGUCCUCCCCCUUCGGCAGGGGAGCCGAAGCCCGAGCGGAACCAAUCACGGAUGUCGUUUGUUUGCGGAUCCUCCCGGAAAAAGCCGAUCGACCUGAGGAGCCAAUUAGAAAGUGUCGCUGGAAAUUCACGCCCAAGGACGGAAAAUGCCGAAGAUAGCCGACCGAGAAGAAGGUGGGUUCGCCUUGUCUUGUGGCUGGCUGGAGGAGAAAUUCGACAAUGGCAACAGUGACCAAUCAGAGUCGCCGGCCCUCAGGAAAAAGCUUGAAGAGUUAAGGACGGUGAAGCCCGGAGUCGCUGGUGAAACCGCACGGCUGGGCGCCGGGGCCGCUUUGUAAUUGGCCGAAACUCCGCUGGGAGUGCACCUCCCUCGGUGAUUGGUGAAGGAAUGGGGCUUCCGAGGACAGUCUGGCCAGUCAGGACGUCUCCUCCCUCGACGAGGUGGGGAGAAGUUGAGAGCGAAGGGAGGGCAUCUAUAAAGCGCCUUCUCAUUGGCCUGAAGCUCUGGAGCCGGAGUCGGGGCAAAAGGGAAAAGGAGGGAGGUCGAAACCGGUAGCGGCAGCCAAUCGGCCCUCGCUGCCGUCCAAUCGCAAGACCUAGCUGCAGUGUGAUUGGCCUUCGGCCUCCGGUGGCGGUCCCAGGAGCGGGGAGAAGCGCGACUGGGGUCGUGGCGGAUGGUUAGACGGGCUCGCCUGCGGCUACUUGCAGCUUGUGUGGAAACCGCAGAUAGGGAGCGGGAGCCCUUCGCGAGCCGGUGUGAAACUGCUGCGGUCGGCGGCGCUGGGCUCGGAGCGCUCGAGCGAACGGAGGGUUGAGGGGUCUCCCCACCCACUGGAGGCUCUCGGCGGGGCGGGGCUAAUUCUGCGCGCCCGAGGCGCCCCUCCGCCCAGGAGAGCGCGUCCUGAGCGCCGGCGUCUUCCCCGGAAGGGCCAGACGGAUCCAGGGCGCCUCCCCGGCUGGGUGCGAGUUCUUGGGCGCUAAACUGAGAACAAAGCUUCCAGAGAGGCAGCGCCCCUCGGCGGCCGCGCCCCGCCCAGUCGCGGAGGCCAUUGAUAAGAGUGAGGGCGACUGCGCCUCGUGCGCCCGGCCAAGCCCGGCCUUCCAGAAAGGCCCCUGAGAAAUGAGCUCAUGCUGGCUGCGCGCGCUCCUCGGGCGCGACUGCCCAGCGCAGAACGGGCCCCAAAAGCAGGGCUCAUCAGGUGGUGCCUUGCAAAUAUCAGUGAUUCUGAGCCACAGUAACCAACCAGAGGACUAGAAAAAGAUGAAUAUAGGAAAGCUGGAUGAUACAGAACAGGGACACAGGUUCGAACCGUGGACCAGGAAGAUUCCUACAAGCCGCAGAGCAACUAAGCCCAUGCGCCACAACUACUGAAGCCCACGCGCCCGUGCUCCGCAACGAGAGGCCACCGCAAUGAGAAGCCCACGCGCUGCAACAAAGAGUAGCCCCCGCUCACCACAACUAGAGAAAGCCUGCGUGCAGCAACGAAGACCCAAUGCAGCCAAAAAUAAAUUAAUUUUUAAAAAGUAUUGGGUCUUAAAUAAUAUUGUUUUAAAAUAUUGCUUAUUAUGCCUGUUAUCCUUUUUUAUUCCUGUAUAUGUCUUAUAUAUACAUAUCAUAUUAGUUCAAGAGUAUAUGUUUUAUAAAUAUGCAGAAUAUUUGGGGGUUAGCUCAAGAAUAUAUGUUUUAUAAGUAUGCAGAAAUUUUGGAGGUUGAUAUUAAAAUUUUUUACUAGUACAGUAUAAGAACAAAAAAGUUCGUAGACCACUGUUUUUUUUUUGUUGGUUUUUUUUUUUGUUUUUUUUUAAUAGAUCUUUAUUGGAGUAUAAUUGCUUCACAAUACCAUGUUGGUUUCUGUUGUACAACAAAGUGAAUCAGCCAUAUGCAUACACAUGUCCCCAUGUCCCCUCCCUCUUGAGCCUCCCUCCCAUCCUCCCUAUCCCACCCCUCUAAGGUCAUCACAAAGCACUGAGCCGAUCUCCCUGUGCUAUGCUGCUGCUUCCCACCAGCCAACUAUUUUACAUUCGAUAGUGUAUGUAUGUCGAUGCUACUCUCACUUUGCCCCAGCUUCGCCCUCCCACCCCAUGUCAUCAAGUCCAUUCUCUAUGUCUACCUCUCUAUUCCUGCCCUGCAACUAGGUUCAUCAGUACCUUUUUUUUUUUUAGAUUGCAUAUAUAUGCAUUAGCAUACGGUAUUUCUUUUUCUCUCUCUGACUUACUUCACUCUGUAUGACAGACUCUAGGUCCAUCCACCUCACUACAAAUAACUCAAUUUUGUUUCUUUUUAUGGCUAAGUAAUAUUCCAUUUUUUAUAUGUGCCACAUCUUCUUUAUCCAUUCAUCUUGUAGACCACUGUUUUAAACAAAGAUUAAUUUUUUAGAUGAUGGAAGAGAAGAACAUUCUGGGCAAAAAGAAGUUAUGCAAUGGCGGAAAUAUAUGUUACAAGGUAUUCAGAGAACUAGAGGUAGUUUGAAAUUAUGUAGCAUGUAAGAUCUGGGCCUAGAGAAAAGAAAGGGAAACAGACUCAGAUAAUAAAGGUGUAGUUAAGUAAAUUAUGUUCUACUAAGUCCAUAUUAUGUAAACAGAAAAAAGAAUAAAUACAAAGACAUAGCAACUCAAUACUAAUUUAAAAAUAUAGAACUUGAUUGUAUAUUACCAUAUUUCCAAUUCUGCAAAAUAUGAACAUUUGGAUCAAGUUUGAAAAGGAAGACAGAAAUUAGAAUAAUUUUGUUAAUAU